AUGAGUGACCAAAUCUUCUAUACAGAGUUGAAAAAAAAACCCUGGUCUCAGCCCCAACCAAAAAGACCAAAGAACAACAAGAGCAAAGAUUCAGGAAAGGAGAAGGAAUUGAACUACGUUGAGUUGAACCUGCAUAGGUCUUCUCAGCAGGACAGCAAACAAGGGAGACUCAAAGACAAAGAGCCUAGUGAGGAACAGGUAACCUACCCAGAGCUGAAUAAGGAAAGACUUGAUCUGCCAUGGCAUGGCCAAAAAUCAAAGGGCACAAAGGGCAGAAGAUCAGCGGGUGAGGAGUCAGUGACCUACAUGGACCUGAAACACCAUAAUCGACCUCAGCGGUGCAGCCCAUUUGAGAAUGCCCACAGCAAAGAUUCCCAUUCUUCCCUAUGGAAACUCAUCUCUGGGAUACUGGGGAUCCUGUGUCUUGGGCUGGUGGCUACGGUGACAUCUCUGGCUUUCAUGAUACUGUCCAACCAGGAACUAAACAAUACUUCCUCAUCCCAUUCCAACACAACAUCUCUGAAUGGAUAUCACUCUGGCCCAUGUCCAGUCAACUGGGUGAAUUAUAGGAACAGCUGUUAUCUUAUUUCUAUGGAAAGGAAAACUUGGCAAGACAGCCACAUGAUCUGUGUUUCUCAGAACUCCAGUCUCCUGAAGAUAGACAGCAUGGAAGAGCUGGUAGGUUCUUCAUUCCAACAUUGUCUUCUCUUUUGUCCAGGCCUGCAAGUUCAGACAGGAGAUGGAAGCAAUGGGAGAAUUUCCUGAGAGAAAUUCCCAGAACCCAAAGG